CAAAGAAAAAAAAAAGUCUUUCCUCGACUCCUCGUGUUGGCUUAUCUUUCCCACGACUAUAGUCAUGAAAACUCUAUAGAACCAAAAAAAGCUUCAUCACACUCUUCAAUGGCGGCAACAGCUAUCAUUCAAUUCACUCGGAUUACGCGCCAUUUACCCUUCGUAUCUUCCAUUCCCACCUCAUUCAUAUCCUCUACACUCCUCAAACCUCGCCACCUCUCUUUUCGCCCCAAACCUCUCCACCAUCGCCCCCUUUUGUCCUUCAACCCCACCAGAAAAUUCACUGUUUCUGCAUCUACUUAUGUCGCGGAUGAAACAUAUGACGUUAUUGUGGUUGGAGGUGGACAUGCUGGAUGUGAAGCUGCUCUUGCCGCUGCUCGUAUAGGGGCAAAAACUCUACUUCUCACUCUUAAUAUUGACCGAAUUGCAUGGCAGCCAUGCAACCCAGCAGUUGGUGGGCCUGCAAAAUCACAACUCGUACACGAAGUGGAUGCACUUGGUGGUGAGAUAGGAAAAAUUGCAGACAGGUGCUAUCUGCAAAAGCGCGUGCUUAACACAUCCAGAGGCCCGGCUGUUCGAGCAUUGCGUGCACAAACUGAUAAGAGGGAAUAUGCUAUGCAGAUGAGGACCGUUGUCGAAAACACAGACAACCUCUCAAUUAGAGAGGCAAUGGUGACAGACAUCAUUGUUGGGCAGAAUGAUAAUGUUGAAGGCGUACGGACUUUCUUCGGAAUGAAUUUUUAUGCACCUUCUGUUGUUCUUACCACUGGGACAUUCAUGAGUGGCAAGAUAUGGGUUGGAAGAACCUCUAUGGAUGCAGGAAGAGCGGGCGAGUCCGCCUCCCAUGGACUCACUGAAAAUCUUCAACAACUAGGAUUUGAAACUGAUAGGUUGAAAACAGGGACUCCUGCACGUGUGGACUCCCGUACUGUAGACUUCUCCAAAUUGGAAGCCCAACCCGGAGAUGAAGAGGUCAGUUGGUUUACCUUUGACCCAGAGCUUCAUAUUGAAAGGGAACAGAUGUGCUGUUAUCUGACACGUACGACAAAGAGCACGCACACGAUGAUCAAGGAAAACUUGCAUGAAACUCCAACAUAUGGUGGGUGGGUUGAAGCUAAAGGACCUAGAUAUUGCCCUUCAAUUGAAGAUAAGAUUGUUAGAUUUCAAGACAAGGAGUCUCAUCAAAUUUUUCUCGAACCAGAGGGCCGAACUGUGCCUGAGCUUUAUGUACAGGGAUUCUCAACUGGUUUACCCGAGAGACUCCAGCUACCGCUGCUGCGAACGUUACCUGGACUUGAAAACUGUACGAUGCUGAGGCCAGCUUAUGCUGUGGAAUAUGAUUACUUGCCUGCUCAUCAGUGCUCUAGAUCUCUGAUGACCAAGAAGAUUCAAGGUCUUUUCUUCUCUGGCCAGAUAAACGGAACAACUGGUUACGAGGAAGCUGCUGCACAGGGCAUAAUUUCUGGAGUUAAUGCUGCAAGGCAUGCAGAUGGAAAAGCUCUGAUUGUUCUUGAGAGAGAAAGCAGCUAUAUUGGCACUUUGAUUGAUGACUUGGUUACCAAAGAUCUUCGAGAACCUUAUCGAGUGUUGACAAGUCGCUCAGAACACCGAUUGCUUCUCCGUGCUGAUAAUGCUGAUAGCCGUCUUACGCCUCUGGGCUAUGAAAUUGGUUUGAUUGAUGAUAGACGCUGGAAACUAUACCAAGAUAAGCAAUCGCGAAUUGCAGAAGAAAAGGAACGGCUGAAAACUGUCAGGAUAUCUGGUGGUGAUCUGGCUGCUGAUGUUACCCUCUUAUCUAGCCAACCAGUGAAGGAUUCAUCAACCUUGGAGAGCCUUCUGAAAAAGCCACAUGUAGACUAUAAAACUCUGGACAAGCACGGCUUUGGAAAUCCGUGCUUAUCCAAAAUGGAGAAAGAAUGUGUUGAAGUUGAUAUCAAAUAUGAGGGUUUUAUUCGAAGACAGCAACGGCAGCUGCAACAGAUGGUUCAUCAACAACACAAACCACUUCCAGAGAAUCUAGAUUAUUACGCAAUGACAACUUUGUCUCAUGAGGCUCGGGAGAAGCUCUCCAAGGUAAGGCCCCAGACCAUUGGCCAAGCAAGCAGAGUUGGUGGGGUAAGCCCUGCUGAUAUUACUGCUCUCCUGAUCAUCCUGGAAUCUAACCGAAGGCAAGCCCAAGAACAGAACAGACGCCAAAUGUUGUCGUCUGUCUUGGUCGAGCCUGAGAAGGAAGUGUUGGAAUCUCCAGUGGCAGAGGCAAUCAGCUCUUAGUAUGUGGACCCACAUGUCAAAAUUGUAACCAGUGGUUCAUAUCAUGCGGGCAGAAACCGACGACACAGUGCUUCAUAUGGUUUGGGUCACGAUAAACUAUUCUUAUUGUUGCUUUUUGGACCGUUGGAGAUCCUGCGCUCCAUGAUGGAGACUUUUUGGGCCUUCAUUUCACAAAAGUAACUUGCUCAGACCAGAGUAAAUACAGCAACAUCAGCAAGUAAGAAGAGAAGUUAAAUCUCAGAAAAAGGUGAUGUAUCUAAACUUCAAACCCUGAGUUAGUUGUGUGAUUGCCAAUUUUGUGAUUCAAAUUAGUUGUGAUACUAGCAUGAUAUGUUGCUUUAAAGCUGAAGGGCUUAUACAAUAUACAUAGAUAAUUUAGCAUGUCUAUCCUCUUUGACAAUGUGAUUGUAAAUACGAAUUAUUCCUUCCAGAUUUUUUAUUCUUCUGAAGUGUUUUAACUUUUAA